UUCUUUUUUUUCUUUUUUUUUUUUCUUUUCCUGUUCUUUUCUUUUCUUUUCGUCUCUUUUCAUUUUCGCCCCGCCACUGGCCAAUGGCGCGCCCUGUUUGUCGGGACCAUAGCUGCCGAGCUAGAUGUCCCGCCCAGGGCAAGGUAGGCAAGGUAGGGUAGUAGGCAAGGCAAGGCAAGGCAAGGCAAGGCAAGUAGUGGAAGUGGAGUUAGCCAUUAGACCAACCAUGGUGCCUACAAACGCAACUUCAACUUCAACUUCAACUGCUGCUGCUGCUGCUGCUGCUGAUGAUGAUGAUGAUGGCUUAUCUUCUCGCUAUAGCGGCGGCGGCGGCGGUUGUUACUUCCAUGGGUCAUUCUUCACACAAACCCUGGUUCGAGUGAAACCAGCUCAUCGCGCUCGUUGAGCUGGGUGGUGUCAAUGUCAAUAAUUUCUCAGUAUUCCCCUAUAUAUCCAACUCGCUACAGCUA